AUGACUCUUCGUGGACGACGAUUGGAAUGCGAAAUGCUCUAUUUGGCUGUUUUGCUGAUAUUGAUGCCGUCGAUGGGCUUCUCAUACAAUAUUUUGGUGAUUCGCGAAUCGGAUGCUCCCUAUUCGGCGGCUCUCGAACACAUCAAUGUCUCCGUGCAAUUCUUGGCCAAUCAUUUUGGCUUCGACAGCAAUCUCAUCAUCACCGAUCUCAUCUUAAACGUGUCUAAUCCUAGCAAUAUCUCUAUUUGCUCAAUGAUCUCAUCUGGAACUGGCUGUAAUGGUAUCAUCAGUCUUGUCACAUCCCAAUCAGCUAUCAACACUGUGUAUCAAGCCGCUCAAUACUCUCAAAUUCCGACCAUUCAAAUCUUUAUGGAACGCUGGUCGCCAAAUGGUACAUUUGAUGUCGUUCCACCGGGCGAUCUCCCAAACUACAUCCCAUUGAUUUCUCCAAUUUCGGUUUUUCAAAACAUCUACGAGCCAUUGUUUCCCUUGUUUAACAUUUCUGGGAGUGUAUCCGUUGUCUUUGAUUCAAUUUAUGGCACCUACCUCACCACUUGGCAAGAAGUGAUUGAUGAGGUGCACAGUGCAAACGGCGUGAAAACCUCAUUUAUUCCCAUGGCUACAAAUUCGUCGCUGAGCGGACAGGUAGCAUCACUGACGUUUGUCUAUGCGGCCAGUGACCAAAUCAGUAAUGGAACCGUAAACAUUUAUGUGUGGACAAAGGACAUCACUCCAUUCAAAUGCGACGAUUGUCGAAGUGUGGAGAUUUUCUGGAUUCGUCCAUAUUACACGGGGAAAGAGCUCUGGAUUCGAGAUAUGUUCGAGUAUUUGAAAGAGAACCAGAUCAUCGCUGAUCUCUCCUAUAAAUUGAAUGGCAACAAUCAGGUUGAGAUCUCCUUCUUCCUUACAGCCGCCACAUCCCUGGUGCAGAUCAUGAGAGAUCUCAAUGAUACAAAAGGAGCGAUUCCUGAAGGAUAUUCGUGUGUCCAAGAGACUUCUCCAGUUUCCAAUGACAAUGCCACCUCACCGUUUUCUUUCUUUUUGAAUGGUCAACCACGAGAGUAUGGAACAUUCGUACAAGCAGCGAAUGGAGCUGUUUAUCAAAGUGUACCUGGCCGAGUCUUCAAAAUCGAUAGAAUACGUGGAUUGGAGGAUGCAAGAUACAACAAAUUGUUAGCCAAUUGGACACUUGAGGCCGGCGUUCAGCUCUACUAUGGUUCAUUGGGUGUCGAUGUGAGAGAGCUCAACUUUUAUCGAGUUGCUUUGCUCAUUCAACCACCAUUCGUCGAGCGUUUCCCGGAUGUGAAUACGGGUCCAAAUUACACCGGAUAUUGCAUCGAGUUGAUGACGAAACUUGUCUCACAAAUUAACAUCAGUUACGAGUAUUUUGAAGUCGAAGAUGGGACAUUUGGAUCAACGGAUAUCAAUGGAAACUGGAAUGGAUUAAUUGGAGCGUUGGGUGUU